AACGCUUCUCACACGAGAACGCGUGAAAAUUUUCUCGUUUCACAGUUUUUCACGCAUCAAAACGGUACAGAUACAUAUGGCGCGCGCCUUUAUUUCGAAGCAAACAUAAGAAAAUUUUAAAAAAGAAAAAUCGUUUAGAAAUCGAAAGAACGCGUUAAAAAUUCGUUAGUAAAUUCUUAAAGCAGCAAAGUGAUUUUGUAGAUUUCACAAAAAAUUCUAUAAAAAAGUCAAGUAUAAAAAUUAUCAACAUAGGUACUCGUAGAAAUCCGCCAUCACUGCAAGCGAUCCUAUCAAAGUCAAAUUGGUAGUCGAUUUACGUCACCAGCGCCUGUUGAUCUUUUAACUUGUGGCUAUCCACACGUUUUUGUCGCUCAGUCUAACGCAGAAAGUCGUGAUAAACGUGCGUGUGUGCUAUUCAAUUGAAAAAAAUAAAAAAAAUUGCAACGAAAAAUAUUUUUUCAAAGUGUGUAAAAAUCGUUAGAGCGAAAUAAAUCCAUUGGAAUAACAUAUAGCAUAUGUAUAAACCUACAUAUGUAUGCGUAUGUGAGUGAAAUAAAAAUAGAUCUGCCUUAGUGACAUUGCGUAUGCAACUUGUGACAGCGCGAUUGCAUAUAAACAACAAAAAAUUUUGGUUCAAAUCUUGCUAAAGUAUAACAACGAAAACGGCGUCAGUAACAGGAAAGAUGGUGAAAAAUAGGCGUUUUGAUAAAGCUCCGGCUAUCGGGACGAGACAUGUGCAAUGCUUCUUGUGUUUUUGUUGCCUAUCAAUUUGCUAUGCGUUACGCGUCAACCUUAGCGUGGGUAUUGUUGCGAUGACAGACCGAAAUUCAACGAAUAGCGAUCUUAAGGUCUACGACUGGGAUGAGGGCACCAAAUCGUAUGUGCUUAGCAGCUUUUUCUGGGGCUACAUCAUUACACAAAUACCUGGUGGACAUAUUGCACAAAAAUACGGCGCCAAAACACUUCUGCUCAUCGGCAUCACGCUCUGUUCUGCAUUAACGCUACUCACUCCUUUGGCUGUUAAAAUUGGCGGUUGGCAAUUACUUUUCGCACUACGCGUCGUACAAGGACUGCUGCAAGGUUCGGUGCAUCCGGCGACACACGCUAUGUUGGCCAAAUGGGCGCCUGUUGAUGAACGUGGCGCGCUCAGCACCUUUUGUUAUUCGGGUUCGCAAUUCGGCACUGUAGUCGUCUUGGCCAUAAGCGGUGUAAUUGCUGAAUCCUCACUCGGCUGGCCUGGUAUUUUCUACAUCUCUGGCGGUUUGGGCAUCGUUUGGGGCAUUUGUUGGUUCUUCUUCUCAGCCAGCACGCCGGCGGAACAUAAAACGAUCUCACUAGAGGAGCGUAAAUACAUAGAAAACUCGUUGGGUCAAGUUGAUUCGACGCCGCGCACAGUUGCGCCUACGCCAUGGGUGAAGAUCUUCACCUCACCGCCAUUUCUAUCGCUCAUCAUUGUACACUGCACGCACAUGUGGGGCUUCUGGACGUUGCUAACACAAAUUCCCAACUACAUGAAGAAUAUACUGGGCGUGGAUAUGAAAAAUAGUGCGUUGCUAUCGUCGUUACCCUAUGCCGUUAUGUGUUUGCUGAGCUUCUUCUUCAUCUACCUGUCCAAGGUGUUGGCGCGUCGUGAGAACGUAUCGCUCUCAUUCAAUCGCAAAUUCUUCAACUCAAUCGGUCACUGGAUACCAAUGAUCUCACUCAUCGCAUUGGGCUAUGUCACGCAGGAACAUGCCAUGCUCGCUGUUGUGCUGCUUACGCUCACCGUCGGUAUCAGUGCUGCCACAUAUCUGGGCUUCCAGGUGAAUCACAUCGAUCUAUCACCAAAUUAUGCGGGCACGCUGAUGGGCAUCACCAACGGCUCAGCGAAUGUGAUGAGCGCGCUAGCACCGCUAGCCGUGGGGUUGGUUGUCACCGAUGUGACAAAUGCGGCCGACUGGCGCACUGUGUUCUUCAUUGCGGCAGGCUUCUACUUUGUAGGCAAUUUGCUUUUUGUCAUAUUUGGCAAAACUGAGGUGCAAAGUUGGAACUCGCCCGAAGAUGCGCUAGCGAAACGAUUGAAUGUGGUGGAUGCUGAAACGCCUGCGCUGCUGCUGAAUGGCGAUGCUAAAAAGCCAGUAGUAAUCAAGGAAAACGGCAAGCAAUAGGCCGACGCUCAAUGGCGGAGAUUGUUGGCCCUUGUACUGUUUAAGUAGUAGUUGUAGUUCAGUAAGCACACAGAAGACCUCCUAGUUGAUAAUUUGUAGGCUUAUGUAUUAAGGCUCUUAUGAAUGAUUCCUGUUGUGCGUGUAACGCGACAUGUUGUGAUAGUUAGAUAGAUGUUGCAACUGUAUGCGUUGCAGGCAUUCUGCGAUAAUGUAAUUUAUAUAUAUUUUUUGUUUAUAAGUAAAAUAGACAAUAAGUAUUUUAUAGUAAAAAGUGCGGGUAGGGAACAAAAACAGUUAAAAAUGGCUGCCCUGCACGCUUGUACAUAUGUAAGGAGUAAAUAUGUAAAUAACUAUGUAAAUCAGUCACGAAUGUUAGAUGGCCAGUUAAGCACAAUUAGUAAACUUAUUAAAUUUUUAUGCAUGUACGUUAAAUAAGACACAGACGAGCUUCCAAAUACCUAGACAAAAUUUCGAUAUUAUAUUUUUAAUGGAAAAGUAUGUAGAUAAGAAA